UUGGUACCGAAUACUCUUCUUUCUUUCUUUCUUUGUUCUGAGAAUAAAAUUCUUUCUUUCUUUGUACCAGAUACUCUUCUUUCUUUCUUUCUUUGUACCGAUAAUCUUCUUUCUUUCUUUCUUUGUACCAGAUACUCUUCUUUCUUUUUUUCUUUUGUACCGAAUACUCUUCUUUCUUUCUUUCUGUGUACCAGAUACUCUUCUUUCUUUCUUUCUUUCUUUCCUGUGUACCGAAUACUCUUCUUUCUUUCUUUCUUUGUACCAGAUACUCUUCUUUCUUUCUUUGUACCGAAUACUCUUCUUUCUUUCUUUCUUUGUACAGAAUACUCUUCUUUCUUUUCUUUCUUUGUACCAGAAUACUCUUCUUUUCUUUCUUUCUUUUUACCAGAUACUCUUCUUUCUUUUCUUUCUGUGUGUCCCAAUCUUCUUUCUUUCUUUCUUUGUACCGAAUACUCUUCUUUCUUUCUUUCUUUGUACCGAAUACUCUUCUUUCUUUCUUUCUUUGUACCGAAUACUUCUUUCUUUCUUUCUUUUUUCUUUUUCUUUCUGUGUAACAGAUACUCUUCUUUCUUUUCUUUUGUACCAGAUACUCUUCUUUCUUUCUUUUCUUUAACACCGAAUACUCUUCUUUCUUUCUUUGUUCCCAAUACUUUCUUUCUUUCUUUCUUUGUACCGAAUACUCUUCUUUCUUUCUUUGUGUACCGAAUACUCUCUUCUUUCUUUCUUUCUGUAGAUACUCUUCUUUCUUUCUUUCUUUGUACCGAAUACUCUUCUUUCUUUUCUUUCUUUUCUUUCUUUGACCAGAUACUCUCUUUCUUUCUUUCUUUUUACCGAUACUCUUCUUUCUUUCUUUCUUUUACCGAAUACUCUUCUUCUUUCUUUCUUUGUACCAGAUACUCUUCUUUCUUUCUUUCUUUGUACCAGAUACUCUUCUUUCUUUCUUUCUUUAUACUCUUCUUUCUUUCUUUCUGUGUACCGAAUACUCUUCUUUCUUUCUUUCUUUUUACCGAAUACUCUUCUUUCUUUCUUUCUUUGUGUGAUACUCUUCUUUCUUUCUUUCUUUUGUACCGACUUACUCUUUCUUUCUUUCUUUUUUUUUCUUUGUUGAAUACUCUUCUUUCUUUCUUUCUUUGUACCGAAUACUCUUCUUUCUUUCUUUUCUUUGCUUGCUUUCUUUCUUUCUUUCUUUGUACCAGAAUACUCUUCUUUCUUUUCUUUCUUUUGACCGAAUUCUCUUCUUUCUUUCUUUCUUUCUUUCUUUGUACCAGAAUACUCUUCUUUCUUUCUUUGUACCGAAUACUCUUCUUUCUUUCUUUCUUUGUACCAGACUUUUCUUUUUUUUUCUUUCUUUCUUUUGACUCUUCUCUUUCUCUUCUUUCUUUCUUUCUUUCUUUGUACCGACUACUCUUCUUUCUUUCUUUCUUUGUAACGAAUACUCUUCUUUCUUUCUUUCUUUGUAACGAAUACUCUUCUUUCUUUCUUUCUUUGUACCGAAUACUAUUCUUUCUUUCUUUGUACCGACUACUUUUCUUUCUUUCUUUGUACCAAUACUCUUCUUUCUUUCUUUCUGUGUGCCAGAUACUCUUCUUUCUUUCUUUCUUUUUGACCGAAUACUCUUUUCUUUUCUUUUCUUUGUACCAAUACUCUUCUUUCUUUCUUUCUUUGUACCAGAUACUCUUCUUUCUUUCUUUCUUUGUACCGAAUACUCUUCUUUCUUUCUUUUUUAAUACUCUUCUUUCUUUCUUUCUUUGUACCGAAAUACUCUUCUUUCUUUUCUUUCUUUUGACCGAAUACUCUUCUUUCUUUCUUUCUUUGUACCGAAUACUCUUCUUUCUUUCUUUCUUUGUACCGAAUACUUUCUUUCUUUCUUUCUUUGUACCAGAAUACUCUUCUUUCUUUCUUUCUUUUGACCAAUAUAAUCUUCUUUCUUUCUUUCUUUGUAUACUCUUCUACUCUUCUUUCUUUCUUUCUUUUGCUUUCUGUACCAAUACUCUUCUUUCUUUCUUUCUUUGUACCGAAUACUCUUCUUUCUUUCUUUCUUUGUACCGAAUACUCUUCUUUCUUUCUUUCUUUGUACCGAAUACUCUUCUUUCUUUCUUUCUUUGUACCGAAUACUCUUCUUUCUUUCUUUCUUUUGACCGAAUACUCUUCUUUCUUUCUUUCUGUGUACCGAAUACCCUUCUUUUUUUUUCUUUCUUUCUUUCUUUCUUUCUUUUGAAUACUCUUCUUUCUUUCUUUCUGUGUACCAGAUACUCUUCUUUUUUCUUUCUUUGUACCGAAUUCUUUCUUUCUUUGUACCAAUACUCUUCUUUCUUUCUUUCUUUUGACCGAAUACUCUUCUUUCUUUCUUUCUUUGUACCGAAUACUCUUCUUUCUUUCUUUCUUUUGACCGAAUACUCUUCUUUCUUUCUUUCUUUGUACCGAAUACUCUUCUUUCUUUCUUUCUGUAUACUCUUCUUUCUUUCUUUCUUUGUACCGAAUACUCUUCUUUCUUUCUUUCUUUGUACCGAAUACUCUUCUUUCUUUCUUUCUUUUGACCAUGUACUCUUCUUUCUUUCUUUUCUUUUGACCAGAUACUCUUCUUUCUUUCUUUCUGUGUACCAGAUACUCUUCUUUCUUUCUUUCUUUGUGCAGAUACUCUUCUUUCUUUCUUUCUUUUGUACCGACUACUCUUCUUUCUUUCUUUCUUUGUACCAGAUACUCUUCUUUCUUUCUUUCUUUGUACCAGAUACUCUUCUUUCUUUCUUUCUUUCUUUGUACCAGAUACUCUUUUCUUUCUUUCUUUGUACCAGAAUACUCUUCUUUCUUUCUUUCUGUGUACCGAAUACUCUUCUUUCUUUCUUUCUUUGUACCGACUACUCUUCUUUCUUUCUUUGUACCGAUACUCUUCUUUCUUUCUUUCUUUUGUACCAGAUACUCUUCUUUUCUUUCUUUCUUUGUACCGAAUACUCUUCUUUCUUUCUUUCUUUGUACCAGAUACUCUUCUUUUCUUUUUCUUUGUACCGACUACUCUUCUUUCUUUCUUUUUUUGUACCGUAUAUUCUUUCUUUCUUUCUUUGUACCGAAUACUCUUCUUUCUUUCUUUCUUUGACCGAAUACUCUUCUUUCUUUCUUUCUUUGUACCGAAUACUCUUCUUUCUUUCUUUCUUUGUGCCAGAUACUCUUCUUUCUUUCUUUCUUUGUGUACCGAAUACUCUUCUUUCUUUCUUUCUUUUGACCGAAUACUCUUCUUUCUUUCUUUCUUUCUUUGUACCGACUACUCUUCUUUCUUUCUUUCUUUGUACCGAAUACUCUUCUUUCUUUCUUUCUUUUGACCGAAUACUCUUCUUUCUUUCUUUCUUUGUACCGAAUACUCUUCUUUCUUUCUUUCUUUGUACCGAAUACUCUUCUUUCUUUCUUUCUUUCUUUCUUUCUUUUACCGAAUACUCUUCUUUCUUUCUUUGUACCGAAUUUCUUUCUUUUGACUUUCUUUCUUUCUUUCUGUGUACCGAAUACUCUUCUUUCUUUUCUUUCUUUUGUACCGAAUACUCUUCUUUUCUUUCUUUCUUUUUUUACCAUACUCUUCUUUCUUUCUUUGUACCAGAUUUUCUUUCUUUCUUUUGUACCAUCAUAUUCUUCUUUUCUUUCUUUCUUUGUACCGAAUACUCUUCUUUCUUUCUUUCUUUUGGCAGAUACUCUUCUUUUUUCUUUCUUUGUACCAAAUACUCUUCUUUCUUUCUUUGUACCGAAUACUCUUCUUUCUUUUUUUCUGUACCGACUACUCUUCUUUCUUUCUUUGUACUUUCUUUUGAAUACUCUUCUUUCUUUCUUUCUUUCUUUGUACCGAAUACUCUUCUUUUCUUUCUUUCUUUGCAAGAAUACUCUUCUUUCUUUCUUUCUUUGUACCGAAUACUCUUCUUUCUUUCUUUCUUUGUACCGACUACUCUUCUUUCUUUCUUUCUUUCUACCGUAUACUCUUCUUUCUUUCUUUCUUUCUUUUCUUUCCCUUUCUUUGUACCAGGCUCUUCUUUCUUUCUUUCUUUUGACCGAAUACUCUUCUUUCUUUCUUUCUUUUGUACCGAAUACUCUUCUUUCUUUUUUCUUUUGUACCAAUACUCUUCUUUCUUUCUUUCUUUUGUACCGAAUACUCUUCUUUCUUUCUUUCUUUGUACCAAUACUCUUCUUUCUUUCUUUCUUUGUACCAGAUACUCUUCUUUCUUUCUUUCUUUGUACCGAAUACUCUUCUUUCUUUCUUUCUUUAUUUCUUUCUUCUUUCUUUCUUUCUUUCUGUGUACCAGAUACUCUUCUUUCUUUCUUUCUUUUUUAACAGAUACUCUUCUUUCUUUUUUUUUUUUUACUCUUCUUUCUUUCUUUCUUUUUUACCGAAUACUCUUCUUUCUUUCUUUGUACCGACUACUCUUUUCUUUCUUUCUUUCUGUGUACCUUUCUACUCUUCUUUCUUUCUUUUCUUUUGUACCGAAUACUCUUCUUUCUUUCUUUCUUUUGACCGAAUACUCUUCUUUCUUUCUUUCUUGUACCAGAUACUCUUCUUUCUUUCUUUUGUGCCGGAUACUCUUCUUUCUUUCUUUCUUUAAUACUCUUCUUUCUUUCUUUCUUUGUACCGGAUACUCUUCUUUCUUUCUUUGUACCGAAUACUCUUCUUUCUUUCUUUGUACCGAAUACUCUUCUUUCUUUCUUUGUACCGAAUACUCUUCUUUCUUUCUUUCUUUGUACCGAAUACUAAACUUUUACUUUCUUUUCUUUCUUUGUACCAAUACUCUUCUUUUCUCUUUCUUUCUUUCUUUCUUUCUUUCUUUGCCGAAUACUCUUCUUUCUUUCUUUCUUUCUUUGUUCUUUCUUACUCUUCUUUCUUUUCUUUCUUUGUACCGAAUACUCUUCUUUCUUUCUUUUGUACCAGAUACUCUUCUUUCUUUCUUUGGCCUUAAUACUCUUCUUUCUUUCUUUCUUUGUAACCAAUACUCUUCUUUCUUUCUUUCUUUGUACCAGAAUACUCUUCUUUCUUUCUUUCUUUUUGAUACCUUCUUUCUUUCUUCUUUCUUUUUUUUCUUUCUUUUUGACCGAAUACUCUUCUUUCUUUCUUUUCUUUCUGUACCAAAUACUCUUCUUUCUUUCUUUCUUUUAACCGAAUACUCUUCUUUCUUUCUUUCUUUGACCAGAUACUUUCUUUUCUUUCUUUCUUUCUUUUUUUUUCUUUGUACUCUUCUUUCUUUCUUUCUUUCUUUGUACCAGAAUACUCUUCUUUUCUUUCUUUCUUUAAUACUCUUCUUUCUUUCUUUCUUUGUACCGAAUAUUCUUCUUUCUUUCUUUCUUUUGACCAGAUACUCUUCUUUCUUUUCUUUCUACUUUCUUUCUUUUAUUCUUUUGUAUGAUACUCUUCUUUCUUUUAUUCUUUUGUUACCGGACCUUUCUUUGACCGAAUACUCUUCUUUCUUUCUUUCUUUAUACUCUUCUUUCUUUCUUUCUUUGUACCGAAUACUCUUCUUUCUUUCUUUCUUUGUACCGAAUACUCUUCUUUCUUUCUUUCUGUGUACCGAAUACUCUUCUUUCUUUCUUUCUUUUGACCGAAUACUCUUCUUUCUUUCUUUCUUUGUACCGAAUACUCUUCUUUCUUUCUUUCUUUUGACCGAAUACUCUUCUUUCUUUCUUUUUCUGCUUUCUUUCUUUCUUUCUUUUGUGUCUACUCUUCUUUCUUUCUGUAACUUCUUUUCUUUCUUUCUUUCUUUUGUACCGAAUACUCUUCUUUCUUUCUUUCUUUUUACCAGAUACUCUUCUUUCUUUCUUUCUUUGUACCGAAUACUCUUCUUUCUUUCUUUCUUUCUUUGUGAAUACUCUUCUUUCUUUCUUUCUUUGUGCCAGAAUACUCUUCUUUCUUUCUUUCUUUGUACCGAAUACUCUUCUUUCUUUCUUUCUUUUUACCAGAAUACUCUUCUUUCUUUCUUUCUGUAUACCAGAUACUCUUCUUUCUUUCUUUCUUUGUGUACCGAAUACUCUUCUUUCUUUCUUUCUUUUUACCGAAUACUCUUCUUUCUUUCUUUCUUUGUACCCAGAUACUCUUCUUUCUUUCUUUCUGUGUAUCGAAUACUCUUCUUUCUUUCUUUCUUUGUACCAGAAUACUUCUUUCUUUCUUUCUUUGUACCGAAUACUCUUCUUUCUUUCUUUCUUUGUGUACCAAUACUCUUCUUUCUUUUUUUUUCUUUGUACCGAAUACUCUUCUUUCUUUCUUUCUUUUUACCGAAUACUCUCUUUCUUUCUUUCUUUGUACCAGAUACUCUUCUUUCUUUCUUUCUUUUGUACCAGAUACUCUUCUUUCUUUCUUUCUGUGUACCGAAUACUCUUCUUUCUUUCUUUCUUUUGACCGAAUACUCUUCUUUCUUUCUUUCUUUGUACCGAAUACUUUUCUUUCUUUCUUUGUACAGAAUACUCUUCUUUCUUUCUUUGUACCGAAUACUCUUCUUUCUUUCUUUGUUUAACUUUUUUUUACUUCUUUUUUUCUUUCAUUAUCUCAAACUUUCAUUCAAUUUUCUUGAUCGUCUUCUAUUUUUCCUCUUUUGUCUUUCUUUCCUUCUUUCUUUCGUUCUUUUUUUUUUCGUUUUUCUUUCUUUAUUUAUUUCUUUCCUUCUUUCUUUCUUUCUUUCGUUUUCUUUCUUUCGUUAUUUCUUUCGUUUUUCUUUCUUUCUUUCGCUAUUCUUUCUUUCUUUCUCCUUCAAUUUUCUUUCAUUCUGUCUUUCCUGUUUAACUUGCCGAACUAACUUUCGAUGA